CAGUUACAAUUCAGAGUCAGUUAGCAACGGUCCUCCUCCCUCUCCAAGCCUAAAGGCGGCGGCGAUGGGUUGCUCCUCUAUUCCCAUCGUCCCCUCAUGAAAUUCAAACUUCCCAAUCUACCCCUCAAAACCCUUCCCCUAAAACCCAAGUCCCAAAUGGCCUCACUUCUCACCGCCGCCGAGCCCCAAACCCGAAUUCCUCACCCACCGGAAGACCUCGAUGACGUCCUCUGCUCCGCCCAGCAACAGCAGCAGCAGCAGCAGUUGGAUUUGGCUGAAACGGCGCCGUUUCGGAGCUUGAGCGGCGAGUCGCGAAUUGAACGAGCAUGGGCUCACUGGACGAAGCUGGGCCGGCCCAAGUUGAUCGUGGCUCCGAUGGUGGACAACUCCGAGCUCCCGUUUCGGAUGCUCUGCCGCAAGUACGGCGCCGACGCUGCCUACACCCCCAUGCUUCACUCUCGGAUUUUUACCGAGACUGAGAAGUAUCGGAACCAAGAAUUUACCACUUGCAAGGAGGACCGUCCAUUGUUUGUUCAAUUCUGUGCUAAUGAUCCUGAGGUUUUACUGGCAGCUGCAAAGAGAGUGGAGCCUUACUGUGAUUAUGUUGACAUUAAUUUGGGGUGUCCUCAGAGAAUUGCCAGGCGGGGCAACUAUGGAGCUUUUCUGAUGGAUAAGCUUCCUCUUGUAAAAUCUCUAGUAGAAAACUUGGUUGCCAAUCUUUAUGUCCCUGUUUCAUGCAAAAUCCGUAUCUUCCCGAACUUGGAUGAUACAAUUAAGUAUGCUAGGAUGCUAGAGGAUGCCGGUUGCUCUCUUUUAGCCGUCCAUGGCCGAACAAGAGACGAGAAAGACCAGAAGAAAGUGCGGGCCAACUGGGAUGCCAUCAAGGCUGUGAAGAAUUCUGUCAAAAUACCUGUGAUUGCCAAUGGGAACAUAAGGCACCUGGAUGAUGCGCACGACUGUUUGAAAUACACAGGUGCUGAUGGGGUACUUUCUGCUGAGUCUCUUCUUGAAAAUCCAGCACUCUUUGCUGGUUUUCGAACGGCUGAAUGGGUUGAGGAGGGUGAAGAAUGCAAUAAAGAUCGGAAACUGGACCAGGCAGAUCUUUUGGUGGAGUAUCUGAAGCUUUGUGAACAAUACCCUGUACCUUGGCGUAUGAUUCGUGCUCAUGUGCACAAGAUGCUGGGAGACUGGUUCAGAAUGCAUCCACAUGUAAGAGAAGAUUUUAAUGCACAGCACAUUCUCACUUUUGAGUUUCUCUAUAACAUGGUGGAUCGGCUUAGAGAGCUGGGUAAAGGAACUCCCCUUCAUCUUAAGGAUACUAAUGCUGCCAGUAUUCCAGCAAAUGGGCUGGCUGUGUCAGCUGUAUGAUACUAAUUGAUUAAGUUGCUGUGCCAGAAAUAGGAGUCUUGGCGUAGCCAUAACGAAGAAUUAGGUUUUUGUGAUUGAUUUUACAGCUGUUCUAGCUGUGGCUUAUGUAACUCAACUGAUACAUGAGCAAAGGGAAGACACUCCCUUUUAUACUACAUUCUUUGUGCUGAUGAUUUAGUGUAGUCAAGUCUAUUGUCCUUCAUGAAAGAAAGUUUCAUUGUAUUAAUAUCCCUUUAUGGGAGAAGGGUAUUUAUUUUGUGGCUAGCGAAUGAUCUCAGUUUUGACUGAAUAUGUGUAAUGCCUAAUAAAUUGUAGUAUUCUGUCUAUUUU